AUGAGUGCAGCAAAUAUGAACUUGCGUAAAUGGGUAUCCAAUGAUCCUGAGCUGAUGAGAAAAUGGGAAAAAGAAGAUUUCGAGAUCCAUCCACAUAAAAUCAAUGACUCAAACGAGACACUUAAGAUCUUGGGAAUAUCUUGGGAUACUAAUGAAGACAGUCUGAGUAUAGACACAGACAGUUUGAUGGAAUUCCUUAAGAAUAAGCGUAAUACGAAACGGUUCAUCUUGAAAACUGCCGGGAAGAUUUUUGAUCCCUUUGGGUUAAUAACUCCAUUUACUGUUAGACUUAAAUUCUUGCUACAAGAACUUUGGGUUCGAAAAUUGACAUGGGAUGAUGAACUACCUACAGAUAUCUGUCAAGAGUGGGCAAAGUGGUGCUGUGAGUGUCAUCAUCUAAGUAAAAUUGCAGUUCCAAGAUUCAUUUUGAAUCCCGAAGCCGAUUCCACAGAGAUCCAUUGCUUUUCAGAUGCUAGUCAGAGGGUGUACGGUACUGUUGUAUACAUAAAACUGCGUAAGCAAGAAGAAAUUUCUGUGAGUUUCUUCGCAUCAAAAUGUCGUGUUGCACCCGUGAAAAGAAUUACGUUACUUCGUCUUGAAUUACUUGGUGCAUUACUAGCAGCGCGUUUAGGUUCUGGAGUGAAAAAAUUGCUCGAUCAAAAGAAAUCCUCGAGAAUAUUUUAUUGGACUGAUGCCAAAAUAGUGCUAUGCUGGAUUAAAGGUACCAGUACCAAAUGGAAAUCUUUCAUCGCCAACAGAGUUAACGAGAUUAGGAAGUUAACACAGCCGACAGAGUGGUUCUAUUGUUCAACAAAAGAGAACCCAGCAGAUGUUAUGACGCGUGGUGUUCAAAUUGACUUUCUUGUGAACUGUUCCAAAUGGUGGUCAUGCUGUGACUUUCUAACAUGCUCAGAGAUUCCUCAUCAGGACUUAUCAAUUGAGGUAGUUGAAGAAAACCCUCAGGUAAGGAGGUACGGAGUACUUACUUUAGAAGAGAUAAAGGAUGCUGAGGUGUAUAUUUUAUUAGAGGCCCAAAAAAGUGAGUUUCUAGAAGAAAUAAAUCAAUUAAAAAGAGUAUUUGCUCAUACACAAACAAUAUGCAUAGUAUAUGUUGAAAAUCUAUAUAGUAAUAUAUCAACAAAAUGUGAUCAAUACAUGUAA